AGUGGUGCAAUCAUACAACAAGAAAUAUGCAUUAAGUUCGCCAAUAGACUAGUUAAUUUCUUAGUUAUUUUAUAAAUGUUUGUGCAAUAAAGUUGAGCCAAAAGUCAAGCUGUCAAAGCGUUUAGUUCUUAAUUUGUAGUUAUUCGGUGGCAAGUGUGCGUCUCCCAACAGAAAAGUCGGUAGUCGGUCUAUAACGGUAUAAGCUAUAACGGCACACACAUGUACAUACAGAGGAUAUACGUGUAUAUAUAUAUCUGAAGCGCAUACAUAAAAUCGAUUUGGGGGAAACCGCAACGCAAGAGGCAACGCAUUUGCAAAUUGCUUAAGCGCAAUGGUUGGAUUAUUGAAUCCAAUGAAAUAUGGCGAUCAUUUCUAUGAAUUGUACACAAGCAAUACACGCAGAAAGUUGCAAAAUGAGCGCAAGGCUCUUACAAAGCGCAAGAGCCGCAAGGAGAAAUCGGCAGCAGCGAUGGCAGCCGCCGCUGCAGCUGCUGUGCUGGAGGGAAAUGCAGCUGGCGGCGCGGGAGCCGGCAUUGUAAACCCAUUGGAUCCGCCGUUGGUUAAGGACCAGUUGCUGUUCAUGCCGGCAUUUCCGGUGGCCCACAUUGAGCUCGAUCCAAAUGCAUCGAAAUUUGCCGUUUUCGCAGCCAUACGCUCCACGGUGCUGGAGGCAGAGACACGCUUUGCGCUCUUCCAUGAGAGCAAUGGGCAUGGCGCCAUGGCCACUGCAUCAGCGCUCAAGAAGUGGAGCGGGAAUAUGGGCUCGUCCUGUUGUUUGGUCUGUGCAGGCAGCUGUAUGGUCAGCAAUCUGGUUGAUUGCUCCUGCCACGCACCGCUUGCAGUGGGAGCCGGCGGCGGCGGGGCAGGUGCAGGUGCUGCAGCAGCGGGAGCCGCUGGUGCAGCUGGUGGAGGGGCGGACAAGCGCACGACAAACAGCGCCAAUAGCGACGCCGACUCGGACACAGAUGAGCCGGAAGAGCGCGAGCCAGUCUAUGCCACUGUGCCGCUAAUUGUGGGCGCUGGACUGCGAAGUUUGUUCGAGCUGAUCGCGGACGCACGCCACAUCCAGCCAUUGCUCUGCACCAAGGCAUUAAAAGCGCUACUCGAUGUCAUACAGGGUCAGCAACCGGAAUCGUUUAAGCUUGAGCCGGAGGAUCUGAUUAAUCCGCUUUACGAUCUGCUGCUGGAUCUGGCCACCAUGCCUGCGGCGCUCACCUCCAGCACUGGCGCCGAGGCCAACUGGUCAGCGAUGGCAUGUGCCGCUCUCCUUGGCCUCUGCAUCGCGCGCGGCGACACGGGCAAAAUGCUAAAGGCAAUCGCCGCCAUGCUCAUGUCCCCACGGCAACUCUCCGCCCAGAUUAUCCAACUGCCCGCCGUAUUGGCUUCUCUGCAGCAUACGGUAGUUAGUGCAGCACUCAACAAGCCAACUCGUCCAGACUUCCAUACCCAUGGAGUGCCACACAAUUCUCUAAUCGAUGAGUUCACCUUGAAGCUGCCUGUGCUGACGGCUCCCCAGCAACAUAUGGCGCCGGCCAUGGCCUGCGAUGGCGUCUUUGUGUAUGUGCUAUACGGCGGAGCAUUGCUGAAGAUCGGCACCGGCUUCGGGGGCUCCUACAAGGGGCAUAUCUAUGCACAAAACGACGAGUUCUGUCGGGAGCGCAGCGCCUGGCUGGGCUACAGCGGCGGCCAAUUGUACUUCCGUCGCAAUUGCAAGCGAAGCGCGGAUCAGCUGCAGCUGGUGGGCAUGGACACGCUGGCGGUCAAGUCAAUGAAUCCACUCAACAUGCUCUCAAUGCGCGAAGGCCUCAACUAUGUGCUCUUCACGGACGACGAUUCAUUGCAUGCCAUAUGUAGUAAUCGCGAUGACACACUGGUGGUUAAGAAACUGAAUCUGUAUCACAAUAGCUACAGCAGCGAGCCGCCGCCGUUCGAGCUGCCGUUGCAGUUGGCCCGCAAGAAAUUCCGGACGCUGGGCUACGCGGCGUUCGAGGAUGAGCUGCUCAAUCAGCAGCAGAUCCAGCGCAUUCAGUCGGCGCACAACAGCUUUGAGCCGAAGCUGCCGGCGCCGUGUCGCGAUGCCGAUGUCCUGGGCAUGGCCUGCGGCAAGGAGUUUGGCAUCGUGCGCGCCAGCAAUGGCCGUGUCUACUACUACGGCAAACCGGCGGCUCUUGGGCUGAAGUGUGUGGGCCGCACACCGACACUGAAGCUAACCGAGCUGAUUGUCUCGAAGGCGGCGCACAUUGUCCAUGUGGCCGUGGGGCACGAUGGGAUACACGCGCUGCUCGUCAACGACGAUGGCACCGUCUAUUUUGCGGGCACGGCACGCCGAGGCGAGGAUGGCGACAGCUCGAAGAAUCGCCGUCAACCCAAAGCUGUGAAGCCAAAGAAGAUGAGCAAAAUCGAUGGCCAUGUGGUGGUGCAUGCCGCUUGCAACAACGGCACCUCCGCCUUUGUGACCAAAACGGGCAAGCUGAUUAUGUACGGCAAAGAUACGGCCCACUGCGAUUCGAUGGGCUUUGUCAGCGAGCUGCUCGAUCAGCACAUAACCAAAGUGGCCCUGGGCAAGGCGCAUUGCGUGGCACUGAACGCCAAGGGGCAGGUCUUCACCUUUGGCCUGAACAACAAGGGCCAGUGCGGACGGGUGUUCAACAAAAUGAUGCCCGUCCGGGAUGUGCCCAGCUCUUCGGCUGCCUACGCACUGCUCGGCUUGCAUAGCGACAAGCUGCGGCACAAACUGGAUUUCUCGACGCUCUGCGACUACGACGAUCACAAUUUGGUGCAGGGCCAGUGCCGCGUGUGUGUCAUGUGCCGCGAGUGCACCGGCUACAAUGUCAGCUGCGUCUCGGCGUUGAAUGUGCCGCUCGAGCAGCGUUUGGCUGGCAGCAUUUGCCCCUGCGGCCAUGGCGAUGCAGGCUGUGCCAAAUGCGGCCUGUGCGCCGCUUGCGUGGCGCUCCAGGAAAGCGAAAUAGUGGCCGCAGAUGCCAAGGCGGAGCUGAAGCCGCUGCCAGGUGAGCUGCAGCGCCAGCAGCGCUCCAAGACGCUGAUCAUGCGGCGUAAGGAAAAGAAGCCCUCGGAGCUGGAGACGGGCGCCGCUGGCUGUGCCGGCGGUGGCGGCACACCCACCGACCUGGACAAGGACCCACCGCGUGUGGCACCGCUGGCGCCGCAAGUGCUGCAGCUGCCCAGCGCGUCGCCGGUGGUGCAAGUGGCGUGCGGCCUUCACCACACCGUGGUGCUAACCUUGGCCGGCGAGGUGUUCACCUUCGGCAGCAAUCAGUACGGUCAGCUGGGCAGCGGAGAUCUGCAGGCAGUCACUGGAGCGAUACGUGUGCAGGUGCAGGGCGCCAUUAGCCAGGUGGCUGCUGGCAGCAACCACACCGUGCUGCUCACACACAAGGGUGUUGUCUACACAUUCGGCAACUACCAGAAGGGACAGCUGGGCCGGCUGCCCGGCGACUAUGGCCAGAAGACGGUGCCGAACAGUGUGAUUGCCCAGCAGCAGCAGUUGCAGCUGCAGCAGCAGGACGAUGAGACGGCCACACAGGAGGCCGCCUGCGUGCUACCCGGUGGCUCCAAGGAGACCAUCCUCAUACCGCCCAACACAGCUGCCCUCAUAGCGCAGCGCCAGAAGUUUCUAUGGAACUGUGCACCCGGUGCCGUCUUUGGCUUGGGCCCCAGCUAUGGCAAAAAGGUCACCUGGAUCGGGGCCAAUGGCGACCAGACCUUCAUCAAGAUUGACGAGUCACUGAUCACAGCUCAAAUGCUGCCCAAGAUGCACGUGGUGGCCAACAAGAAGACCAUAUUACUCAUACCCAGCAUACCGCUGUCCUUUCACACGCUCUCCAUAAACCGCAGCGACGGCAGCUGCACGCCACAUUAUCGCGGCCAAACCAACUUUUCCAAGCUGCUGCAGACGCAGCAGCAACACGGGCAGCCGGAAAUCAAUCGGAAUGUGGAUGUGGCGACGCCUUUGAUGGCCGACCUGCCGUCGGUCGGCAGCAGCACAGCCGGGGUGCCCAUCAAUGAGCAGAUGUCGCGCAGCAUGCACGAGGCACGCAAUCACAUUUUCGAGGAUCAGCAUAUGGAGGUGGCUCAGCCAACAUCGCUGACGGCCAGCCCGCGACUUCCACGACGCAUUCGACCUCGUCCAGAUGCAGCAGCCGCUGCUGCUGCUGGCGGCUGUCCAGUCGCUGCAUCGCCCACAGAACAGCAGACGCUGCCCACGCAAAUAGCCUUUGCCAUGGAUCCCAGCUAUAACGUGCUCUGGGUCUUCGAUGGUGUUGCCCGUAAGCUGCGCUGCCACAAUGUAGUCGCCAGCGAAAUAUCCGAAUGUGAUGUGAAUGCGGCCAAUUAUCGAGCGCUGCUGUCGCCGGAGCUAUCGUUGCCGUGCAAGGCCGAGGCGCGCGUUUCACGCUCGCAGGCAUCGCUGAAUCUAUUGGCCUGCUUGGAUAUACUGACAUCCGCACAAGAUAAUAUACCCGGCUGCUUUGAGCAGGCGCUGCCGCAGCAGACCCAGCAGGCGGCAGAGGCGCAGAGCGGCGAGUAUCAGGUUGUGAAUCGCUUCGAUAACUUCGGCGGCGGCUGGGGCUAUUCGGGUCACAGUGUGGAGGCGGUGCGCUUCUCAGCGGACACGGACAUUGUGAUUUGCGGAUUUGGCAUGUUCGGCGGCCGUGGCGAAUACAGCUGCAAGCUGAAGCUGUUCGAUCUGGGCACCGAUGGCGGUGGCUACGAGAAGGAGGGCAUCCUCAUCAGCGAGACCAAGGAGGUGCCAUACGAGUGCGCCGCACGCAGCAAACACCAUAUUUUGCUACCGAAGCCGGUGAGUGCAGCGGCGGGACGCUGGUAUUUGGUGUGGGCGCGCAUUGCGGGCCCCUCCUCGGACUGUGGCUCUUGCGGCCAGGCAUCUGUGACCACCGAGGAUCAGGUGGUCUUCUCCUUCAAGUCCAGCAAGAAGGCCAACAACGGCACCGACGUCAACUCCGGCCAAAUACCCGCCAUACUCUAUCGUCUGGUCACACAGGACUGCAAGCAGCCGUCGGUGCCCCACGAUGCGGAUCCCGUGCAGCGUAUUUCGCGCGCCUUCGCCAACAGCGUGAGCCGCGAGUGCUUUGAGAGCUUGGUGGUGCUGCUUAGCUGGUCAUGGGACUGCUUUAAGACUCAGCUACGCGAGCAGCGGGAUCGUGCCAGACCAUUGCAGUUGCAGCAAACGCUUCAGUAUCUGGGCUAUGUUAAUAAAUCCUGUCUGCGACUGCUGCGCAAAUACACCAACGAGAUUUAUCCGCAGCGCGCAACAACAGCGUCAACAGCAACAACAGCACCAACACAAGCCGCAGCAGCAGCAGCAGGAACAUCAGCAGCUGCUGCUGCUUCCACGGCUAGCACUUCAGCUGCGGGUGGAGCCGUUGCCGCCGCUCUCCCCAAACUGCAACAAAAAUCGAAUAACAAAGACAAAUCAUCAAAUCGCGCAGCCAGCAGUGCGGGCAGCGCCCAGCUGAGCAGCUCUCUGUCCGGCACUUCGAUGACACGCAAACCCAAUAUGGAGAACAUUCAGCUAGCCGAAUGCAUUGGCAAUGUUCGCGCUCUGCUCAUUGGCAUCUUUUGCGAUGACAUCUUCAAGGAUAUUGCCACGGAUGAGGGCUAUGCCUUGGUCCUGGAAAUUCUGGACGAAUGCCAUUUGAGCUUUGUGGCCUGCUUUGAUGCAUUCUAUCCGACUUCGUCGCUCAAGUGGAACUGCCUGUGCGAUUUGUUGGCCCAAAUGGACCGCGGAGCACUGCACUCUCGCCUGCUGAGCGCGAUCCUAGCCGGGCUCUGCUCGCCCACGGUGAAGCUACGCGCCACGUUCUCCCUGCUCAAUGCGGCCGGCAAUGAGCGUCAGUCGAUUAUCAGCCCAAGCGACAAUUCGGGCCUGCCCAUGCUAUCCUCAACGGAGGCGCAUCAAUAUCCCAUACUUGUGGAGCAGAUGAUCUAUCGCACGCAGCAGGAGAAGAGCGACUUUCUGAGCAACUCGUGGACGUUCAAGGAUGUGCUGGUGCGUCUGCUGGACAUAAUAGCCAAUCCGAUUAGGGCGCGAAUCGAGUCCAUCUACAGCCGCUGCCUGGGCGGCAGCUAUGCACUAAAGGAGUGCAUCAAUCAGGGCCUCAUCGAUAACUGUUGCCAUCUGCUAGCCCGCGUGCUGGCCGAGAUUGUCUAUCAGACAGCUCUGGGCGAAUACGAUAAAUUGUUUCUGCCGCCUCGUACGCUGCACUCGACCAGCUCGCGGUUCGCCCGCUGCGAUUUGAGUCGCACCUGGAACACGGGCAACUUUGGACCGGACGCGAUUGCCUUCUCGGUGGAUCGGCCGGGCAUAGCCAUAGCUGGCGCCAUGGUCUACUCCGGCUCGGGCAGCUAUGACUAUCAGCUGGAACUGCUAUAUGAUAAUACAGUUGACCUGCAGCCACAGCACAAGUGGGAAACACUGGAGUCUAUAUCAGGCAGCUACGAUCAGGAGGCCGUGCACAAUGAUUUAGCCGAGAUUAAGUUUGAGCAUCCGGUCCAUAUCAAGGAGCAUGCACGCUACGCCCUGCGCCUCUGUUCCCAGGGCGCGCGCACCUGCUCCGGCGAUGCCGGCAUGCCCACGGUGCGCGGUCCAUGCGGCGCCAACUUUCAUUUCUAUGCGUGCGACUUGAGCUUCAAUGGCACCACGCCCGCGCGCGGCCAACUACCCAUCAUACUGUACUACAGCACGCCCGUCAAGCAGCACCAACAGCACCAGCACCAGCAUCAGCACCAACACCAACACCAGCAUCUGCAGCAGCAACAGCAGCCCGAGUUGACGGGUUGCUCGUCAGAUGCUGCACAUGUCGGCGCCUUGGCCAGCAACGAGGUGUCCACGCGGGAUACGGCCUUGCAAAUCGCCGCGGACAUAACCAAAAAGUGCACAGAGCUGCUCAUACUGGCGCGCAAUGCCAUGGCCGCCUCCUGCUCGCCGACGGACAACUCGUCGUCGAACCAUACGCAGACCAUUGAUUCGGAGCACAACAUAACGCCCAUUGAGGAGCACAUGGACAUUAACUGGGCAAACAAUUCGCGAACAGCGGCGCUGCCUGUGGAUCCACAGCUGUCGACGACGGCAAGGGAUCUGGGCAAACGCAUCGAGUCCUUCUCCAAGGGCAUCAUGGAGACGCUGAAAUUCGAUAAGCGCUCAACGAAUCCCUUCGAAAUGGAAAUCGAAAUUGGGGCCACCGAAAUCGGCGUCGAGGAGACGGCCGAAAUGAAUUUCUCCAAUGUGCAAUUGGCCGCCAAGCUCAAUGGAAAUGAGCGUGCCGAGUACGAGCUGGCGGCCGAGGAGCCGUUGCCCGGACAGCAGCAGCAGCAACAACAGUUGCAACAGCAACAGCAGCUACAGCUGCAGCAGCAGCAACAGUUGCCGCCACAACAGCUGCAACAGCAGCAGCUGCCAACGCAGAUGCCACAGCAGCUGCUGCACUCGGACUCGGAGGAGGCGCAAAUUGUGGGCGGCGGUGUUGCCGCUAUGCAACUGCUGGAGGUAUUCAAUUUGGCCGCCUCGAAUAUGUUUCACACGCUGCUGCCACUGGUCUAUGCUCACAUCUCCAAUUUGGCCUGCAGCGAUCCAAAGAGCUCGGUGCAAAUCCUUGGCUUGAUCAAGGAGAUAUUGCCGCACAUUGCAGCGCUCAAUCAGCUGCAUGUGUCGAAAGACCAGCGUUCGGAGCAACUGAGACCGGAACCAACGCCUGCCAGCAGCACCACCAGCAAUCAUUAUUGCAUUGUGGAGAGCGAGCAUCCGUAUCGCAGCGCCAGCAUCAGUUGCUAUCGGGUCGAGUUUCCGCCCUGCGUCCAGUGGCUGACCAUUGAGUUUGACUCACAGUGCGGCACCGCCCAGCUGGAGGACUAUUUGCUGCUCUCGAUUCCCAUGCGCCCGACAGCGUCGGCAGCAGCUGCCACACCGCCCUGCCAAUCGAGCACAACGCCAACAACAACAGCAGCACCGUCUACUGGCCCUGGCGAGGAAUACUAUGAUCUGCUCGAUAAUAAUGUGAGCACACGACGCACACACAACGCCCACUUACAGAUGACCAGCUGCUGUCGCACGACCGGCUCUCUACCCGAGCCGACAGCGCUCAAUCCCGAUUGGAUUGUCGUCAAGAAGUUCAAUACCGCCUCCAACUGGCUGCAGAACGUUCUAAUUUUGCCUGGCAACUGCGUGGAGUUCUCCUUGGAGACGGCCUCACUGUACGCCCAGGAUCCGCACAAUAAUCGCUAUGGCUUCAAGUGCUUGGUGGUUGGCUACGAUAAUCCCACAGCGAUCAAUGCUAGCAAUUCAUGUCUCAUACGGCUGGAGCAGGAGCUGUCCUAUCUGGGCGGCAUGUGCAGCGCUAAUUUAAUGAAAAAGGAUCUCAAUCUGCCGGAAGACAAGGAAGUAGACGACAUGAGUGGCGUUGAGGAGACAAUCAGCACGCAUCAUGCACUCCUCUCGAAAGGCUUUGCGCUCUCAGAACCACAGCUGACUGUGCAUCAGGCAUUGGAAUCAUAUCUGCCCAUUGGCUCGCAGUCGAAUGAACGACAAUUCUUGAAGGACUUCAUCAGCGGUGCACCCGGUUCGUCGGGCGCCCGCCUGGCCGCUUGGCUGCAGCCGGAGUCGCGUCUGGAUCCCAAUAAAUGUGAGCUGAAUACUAUUACGGAGCCGUUGCGCUAUGGUUGGCCCACCCAGGUGACAGUGACGAUACGGGAUCAGUAUGGCGAUGCCGUACUUGUGCCGGAGCUCAAGGUGGAGAUUAAGGCCAUUCCCACCGGACCGGAUCGCAGUGGCGGAGGCAAUCUGAAGAUGCGACGCACCUCGUAUGCGGACGAGGGCACGACUGUGGGUCAGGGCAUAGGCGCCCAGUUGGGCGGAAUGGCGCCGCCGCCACGGCUCAACUAUGAAGCCACUACUAAGGAAAAGAUGUGCUUCAAGGCGAUCACCUUUAUGAAGCCCUACACGAACUACUCGUUCGAGGAGCUGCGCUUCAGCAGUCCAGUGCAGACGCGAACGACGGAGGUUCUCUCUGCCCAGGACAUGGAGGACGGCACCUUCAGCGUCCACUGGACGCCCAAUUCCGUGGGCGGCUAUUGUCUGGCUGUCACCAUCGAUGGCAUACCGCUCGAGGAGGUGUAUAGGGUUGAGGUAAAGGAGGGUGUGCUGCCCCCGCCCGCGCAGAGGAGCAGUGCCGCACGCCGUCCGCAGGCGCCAAGCAAACUGCGACGAUUUCAGGCGAGGCACAGCGCUGGAUUGCGCAUACGCUCCCAUCCAACGUUGCAGUCGGAGCAGGUGGGCGUGGUGCGGCUGGGUGGCAUCAUAUCCUUUAUAGAUGAGAUCGAAAAUGAUGACGGCAUUUGGCUGCGUCUGUCCACGGAGUCCAUACGGCAGCACUGCACCAUGGGCUGGUAUCCGACGGAGGCGUGGUGCCUGCAAUACAAUCAACAUCUAACCCGGACGCUGCUGCAGCCGGUCAACGAGGCCAAGGCCAGGUCAAAGGGGACAGCUGGCGGAGAAUCGACUGAGUCGGAGCAGCAGCAGCAGCAGCAGCCCCUGCCCAGUAGUCCCACCGGCAGCACAGCCGGCGAUAGCCCCAGCAGUCCAGCCGACAGCAAAUCUCCCACGGAGCGUAAAAUUUUUGAGCUGCCCGCAGCAACAGUUGCGGCUGCUUCGUCCUCGGCCGCAACCUCGACCAAUCCCUUUCUGCUGCCUGCCGCCAAAGGAGCUGGCACGGAUGCGCUGCUCCCCGCGGAUGCGGACAAUAUGCUGACUGCCAGCACGGAGCUGCUGCCCGGCAAUCUGGGCUCGGCCAUAGCUGGCGUCGUGGGCGGCGGCGCUAUCAAAUUGCAGGCGCUGCAAAAAUGGUUCAAAGGCGAUGCCAUCGAGUCGCAGUCGCAGUCGCAGUCGCAGUCGCAGUCGCAGUCACAGUCACAGACAGCGAUGCCGCCUUUGGCUGGCGUGUCUGUGCGGGAGCUGGUGCGUGCGAUGGGCGGGCAGGAGCAAUCGCCGAGCCACGCCCAUGCGGCGCGAGGCAAUGGCAACAGCCAGGAGUGCAUUAGCUCCGCCGCUGGCGAAUCCCUGGACUUUGACAUUGCCAGCGUACGGCGUGUGAACUAUACGGCCAGCCAAACCGCGGCGCUGCUGUCCACGCCCAAGCACACGCCCAGACGGACGGCAGCCGCCGCCGCCGCUGCGGUCGCCCUGGCCAGCGAGUCGGCACAGCUGGACGAGGAGGAGCUCAGCCUGCUGCAGAUAACCACAACGACAACGGCAGCGGCAGGGGCAGGGGCAGGGGCAUCCGGAGCGAGUGGAGCUACCGAUGCAGCUGGGUCCAGUGAGCAUCCGAGCGAGCUGCAUAUCGGCCUCAGCCUGAGCAACAAUAGCCCCACAGCCGGCGGCAGCAGCAGCAGCUGCUCAAAGCGCGGCCAGGCGAUGGGGCCGAUCAAGCGUGCGAUGCCGCCCUCCUUUGCGGAGAGCAUUCGAGCGGUAUUUGCGGCUCUGCUCUGGCACGAGGGCGUCGUCCACGAUGCGAUGGCCUGCGCCAGUUUCCUCAAGUUUCAUCCGGGCCUGCCCAAAGAGGGCGCCACUGUGGUGACGCGGCGCGAUACCGGGGAUCCGCGACUGCAAUUGUCGCGGGAGCAGAAGGCGCAGCAGCGCCAUUCCGUGGAGGUAGCGAAUGCGGGACACUAUCUGAACAUACGCCCCUCGACGCUGGAGACGCUCGCCAAGAGCGGCAACUGCUCGCUCCACAAUCGGAGCAAGCAUCGUAAAAAUAUUUUAGCUGGAGAAGAUCCGCAGCAGCAGCAGCAGCAGCAGCAGCAGCCGAAGGAAAAGCUGCACGCCCUGCCGGAGCUGGUGAGCGUGUUGCCCCCCGCUCUGCGAUGCUUGGUCUACCUCUGGGAGCAAAUCUGCUCCGGCUGCGUUCACAUUGUCCAGUCGAAUGCGCUCGAGCAGCGCGAGCCGCGCCUCCUGUCGCCCAGCGGGCGCGAUGCCAAUGGCGACUCCGAUGCCAAAGAGGGCAGCAAGGGCAACGAUGAGCCGGGCGCCGAUAAGGAUGCAGCCAAGAAGUGCAAACGGAAGAAGAAGGACGACGGCAGCUGGUGCGAAAUCUGCGAACUCUUUCUGCCCAUGCCCGUCACAUAUCACAUGCGCAUCGCCCAUCCCGGCUGCGGGAAGUCCGCCAAGGGCAAGGGCUACAACUCCGUGGGCAUUUUCUGCGAGGGCUGGGCCGGCAAUUGCGGCGAGGGCGGCAAAGGCGCCUCCAGUUGGUUCCUCAUGUGCGACGCCUGCCGCGACAAAUACCUGGCCACCACUCGCACCGCCAACAACAUCAACAGCGCCGCCCAGCACGCCUCCAAUUCAGGUGCUGAAAUGAAUCUGUUUGGCGUGAAGACAACUACGUUGAUAGCCAACUCGGAGGUGUACACGACUAUGCGAGAGAAUGCAACAUUUUUGCUGGAGCUCUGCUCCUCCUCCUCCUCCUCGUCGCCGUCUUCGUCGGCUGUAUUGGGAGGCAGCCAGAAGCGUUCGCCACAGCAGCAGCAGCAACAGUCGCAGCAGUCGAUGCCCGUGGUGGUAGAGCAUCAGCACCUGGGCAUGUCCGAUCUGAAUCUGAGUAGCAAGCCGAGCACUAGCCGGGCGGACUCGGCGCGCAACAGUCGCAUUGGCCGGCUAAGCGGCAAGUUUACGCCCUUUCGCAAGUCAUUUGUGGGCGUGGCACCGGCAACACCAGACAACGUUUGGCCAGCACCGGAGAGCUUCGCCUGCCUAGAGUGCCUGGGCACGGGUCUGCACGAGGAUCUGCCCUACGAGAUGUUCGGCCUGGGCGGCAAUGCCAACGAGAAUGGCUACGAUCGGCCCUUGUCGGAGAUUUCGUACGAGUCGUGUGAGCCAAACAACUAUGAACUAAUGUCCGGAUCUAUGGCCAAUCCACCAACCACUGGCGGCACACUGUCCAAGUUCCAUCGCAGCUACUCCAUGGGCCAGGGCUGGGCAGCUGUGGCCCAGCAGCAGCAACAGCAACAGCAGCAGCCACAGCUGCAACAUCAGCAACAGCAGCAACAGUUGCAGCUGCAGCAUCUGCAGCCAUCGGUGGUGGCACUGCCGCUGGAUACACAGCCCAAGGUGGUCUAUCGGAGGCGCAACAACUCGACCAGCGAGGGUGAUGGCUCGCUGCUCAUCUGCUAUCCGUCGGAGCAUCUGCGUCGGCUGGUGCCGCCCAAGCUGCUAGCCAGCGUUGCGGUGCUGCAGGCACCCAAUGCCAAUGAGCCAAAGGCAGCCAGCGACGAGGCAGCCAAGGAGGCGGCCCCAGCCCAGCCGGCUUCUGCGACUCCCUUGCCGGAGCAGAACAGCGCCCUGCUCAGCCGACCGGCCAUGGCCUUCAUCACCCAGAAGCACGAGCUGGACCGUCUGCGCGUAGCGAUGCGCCGCAGUCUGCGGAUCGCCGCAUGCCGCAUCUAUGCGCUGCAGGCGCUCAACUGGCUGCUGCGCAGCGUUACGCAGGGUGUGUGCCUGCACGACCUGAUGUGGUGGUUCGUCAGCUCCUUGGCUGUGGGCAGCGUGGAGCUGGUCGACGGCAAGUACGAGGAGGCGGAACAGGCGCUGGAGCACCCAGUUGCCUAUACGCAGAUCAGCGGACGCUUUGCCCAUUUGAUUACACAGUCGCUGCACGUCCUGCUGCAGUCGGUGGCGGAUCUGACGCUACACCUGCCGCUCGGCUCCCCACUGCAGCGCGUGGCCAUUCAGUGCUUCGGCAUACGCUUUCGGCAGGCGGACCAUCAGUUCCUGCACAGCUCGCACGUUUUCGGCAACAUUUCCAAGAUAUUGUCCAAGUCCGACGAGCAGAACGACGCGAUGGCCGUCUCCAACAUGCUCGCGACUGCUGGCGAGACGCACUGCGAUGCCGAGCAUAACAUAGCCACGGCCAGCAAUCAGCUGACAGCUGGCAGCGUGCCGGGCGCCAGGCUCAUCUGCUACACAGAUCUGGCGGGCAUGUUCGAGGUGACGGUCUCCUCGCGUCCGGCCAUGGCCGAGUCCCUCACGGACAACUCGACGGAAACGUUCUGGGAGAGCGACGAGGAGGAUCGCAACAAGUGCAAGAUCAUAGAGCUCUCCAUGAACAAGCUGAGCUAUGCCUGCAAAUUCGUUCUCGUCCACAUUGACAACAGCCGCGACAUUCAGAACAAAGUGCUGAAUGUGGUGUUCUAUGCGGGCCAGUCGCUGGGCGAUACGAAUCUGAUCAAAUCCGUGGAUGUGGACCCAAAGGCGUGCGUGUGGAUUGCAGCGAAGGUCAGCGACGAGAGCUGCACGCACUUUCGACUGGAGCUGCACGGACCGGAGAAUACGUUGCGUGUACGGCAAAUCAAGCUGCUCGGUCUGCCCAGCUGCCAGCAGGGCGGAGGAGCUAGCGGAGCAGCGGCUGUUGGGCCAGCCGAGGAGCUGUCCCAUGCGCUGCUGCCAUUGCCCAUGGUCGAGCAGCGGGCAAACGUGCGUCUGUCGUACGCCUCACGCAUUCAGCAACAGAUCUGCGAGAGCGAAACUUUACGCGUGUUCCGCCUCAUCACCGGCCAGGUGUUCGGCAAGCUGAUCAGCAAUGUGAGCGACACGGUUAAUCCGAGCGGAGUGGCCUCGCAGGAUGCAGCCAACUCGAUGCUAGCCGAUUCUCUGGACCUGCGCGAGCACAUGGUCGGCAUUCUGUUCUCGCGCAGCAAGCUCUCGCACCUGCAGAAGCAGGUGAUUGUGCACAUUGUGCAUGCCAUACGCAAGGAAGCGCAGCGCGCCAAGGAGGACUGGGAGCUGGCCAAUCUGGCGCAUGUGCUCAAGCAGCAGCAACAGCAGCAGCAGCAGUCCCCGCCAGCAGCUGGAGCCGGAGGAGCAGCAGCAGGAGCGGUCAGCUCUGCAGGGCCUGCCUCCUCCAGCGAGAGCAGCCCGGAGCGUAGCCGAGCGCCGGACACCUACUGCUUCGAGAUGUUGAGCAUGGUGCUUGCUCUAUCGGGCAGCGUUGUGGGUCGCUCCUAUCUGUCGCAGCAGCACGGCCUGCUGCGCGAUCUGCUGGGCCUGCUGCACACGGGCAGCGAUCGCGUGCAGCGGCAGGUGACGGCGCUGCUGCGUCGCAUUCUACCAGAAAUUACGCCGGAGAGCUUUGCGGAGCUGCUGGGCGUGCAGCGCUUGCCGCCGGCCGACUAUAACAUCGCUCACCAGAGCGCCAGUGACUUUGAUAUGAGUCGAUUGGGCCUGUUGGACAUCUUUCUGGCCGUCAUUGCCAAAUCGCUGCAGCUGCAGGUCAAGGUGAAGACCAAUACGGCGAAUGCAACGAUCGGCUGUGGCUCGGCCAGUGGCCCCAAAUCCGGCCAGCAGGAGAAGACGCCGGCAUUUGUGCGACUCUGCAGCUCCUUGGAUCUGUCCGUGCAGCUGUUGCGUACGCGCCCAAACACGGCCGAGCAGCAGCUGUCAUCAUCGGCCCUGGCCAACAGCGGCGACCCCUUUCGCUUUGAUACAGCGCCCCCGAAGAAGGAGUCCAAGCGCAACUUGAACCAACGCUGGUUCCUGAAUGGAGUCAUCUCCACCAAGCAGGCGGAGAGUAUCAUUGGACUCAUACGUGAUCUGGCCAGCGGUAAGCUGAGCGAGAAGUGGUCCCAGAUCACCAAGGCGGCCAUUGCCGAAUCAGUGCUCAAUUUGACGCGACUGGAGGAGGUCUAUCGCACACCGGAGCAUUGCACAAAGACAGCCACGCUCUGGCUGGCUCUGGCCAGUCUUUGUGUGCUGGAGCGUGAUCAUGUGGAGAAACUGUCGUCGGGACAAUGGUCCAAGCUCUGCGACACUCGUCCCAUGUGUACCAAUCACGAUGACGGCGAGACGGCGGCCAUUAUCCAAUGCGAGACAUGCGGCUCACUCUGCGGCGACUGUGAUCGCUUUUUGCAUCUCAAUCGCAAGACGCGCACACACAAACGCACGGUGUGCAAGGAGGAGGAGGAGGCCAUACGCGUGGAGCUGCAUGAGUCCUGCGGACGGACCAAGCUCUUCUGGCUGCUCGCCUUGGCCGACUCCAAGACGCUGAAAGCGAUGGUGGAGUUCCGCGAUGGCAGCCACACGAUCAUAUCCGGUCCUCAGGAGGCGGUGGGGCGCUGUCGCUUUUGCGGGCUCACCAGCAACUCGGGACUGCUGGAGAUUGGGAACGUGUGCGCGGAUGCCCAGUGCCAGGAGUACGCGGCCAACUCCUGUCUCAAGACCAAGCCGUGCGGCCAUGCCUGCGGCGGUGUGGCAGGUGAACGCAAAUGCCUGCCCUGCUUGCAGCACGUGUGCCAUGCGCGCGAAAACGAACUGGCGGAGGAGCUGCGCGACCCAAAGCUCACGCAGGAUGCGGAUGACAUGUGCAUGAUCUGUUUCGUGGAGGCGCUCUCCUGCGCCCCUUCCAUACACCUGGAGUGCGGUCAUGUGUUCCACUUUCACUGUUGCAAGGCCGUGCUGGAGAAACGCUGGAGUGGGCCGCGCAUCACCUUCGGCUUCUCGCUGUGCCCCAUCUGCAAGGCGGACAUCCAGCACCCUCUGCUGGCGGAUAUACUGGAGCCAAUCAACGGGCUCAAGCAGGACGUCAAGCGCAAGGCUCUCAUGCGCAUCAAGUACGAGGGCGUCGUUAAGGAUACGGACAACAAGGAUGUAACGCAGCUGGCAAUGGAUCGGUAUGCGUAUUACGUUUGCUUCAAAUGCCAGAAGGCCUAUUAUGGCGGCGAGGCGCGUUGCGAUGCGGAAAUCGGGGAGAAGUUCGAUCCCGAGGAGCUCGUCUGCGGUGGCUGCUCGGAUGUGGCCAGGGCGCAGAUGUGCCCCAAGCACGGCACUGACUUCCUGGAGUACAAGUGCCGCUACUGCUGCUCGGUGGCGGUGUUCUUCUGUUUCGGCACCACUCACUUUUGCGACACGUGUCACGACGACUUCCAGCGGCUGACGAACAUACCGAAGAUCAAGCUGCCCCAGUGCCCAGCCGGGCCCAAGGCCAAGCAGCUGCUGGGCGACGAGUGUCCCUUGCAUGUGAUGCAUCCGCCCACCGGGGAGGAGUUCGCACUUGGCUGCGGUGUCUGUCGCAAUGCGCAAACAUUUUAGCAACUGCGUGCCCAAAAGCUACGACUGCAACUGGUGCGGCAGGAUAUGUCGCCAGACGAGGAGAACGACGAGGAGAUGGAGGGGAAUAUGGAGAAGGAGGAGGAAGCUGAGGAGGCGACGGAGCAGGAGGAUCAGCUCAAGAACUCUUAGAAGCAUUUGCAUACUUAGAGAAAGUGAAGGAUAGAAAGAGAGAGAGAGAGAGAGUUAGAGAGGGAGAGAGAGAGAGGGAGAGAGGGAGAGCGAGAGAGAGAGAGGGAGAGUGGGAAAGCGAGCUAGCAAUUAGGGAUAAACAUACAUACAUACAUAUGUAUGUAAAUUCCCAUAUAUAAAUAUGAAUAUAUAUUUUUUUUUAUAUCAAAAUAAUGAAUUAUAAUUCAAAAGUUGCAAUUUUUAGCUAUAUUGUAUUUAACUAAAUUAUUUAUUUAUUGUAAUUGUAAUUGUAAUUGAAAU